AUGGGCAUUCCCAUUCGUAUGGACAUCGACGAUCCAUCACCGCGCUGUACGGUUCCACAAGAAUUCCGUGUUUGCCAUCAAAACAACGAACACGGAGAGGGAGGUAUCGUGGAAGCCGGCGGCGACCAGGGCAAAAGCGACGUCUGUGGAUUCGCUCUUACCUUCCAAGCGGCAGAUCCGACCAAGUGGCGGCUUGGCGGCUUGGCGGCCUGGCCAACGAAAUCCCAGCAAAUCCGGGGAACAUCGCGUUAUCGCUCCCACUUGGUGUACCGCAAUCUCGCUGGCCACACUGUACAGCACGAGACUGACCUUUCAACUUGGAAGACCAAGAUGGGUUCAUGA